AUGGGGGACCCAAACGCUGUGGAGCUGCGCCCUAUCGACGAAGACCACAGCGAGAGGGACAAACAAUCGGGAAACGCAGGGGAUAGAAAGAAGCCCCACCGAAGGAAGGAAAGCUUAAACAAGAGGAAGGAGAAUGCACAUGGUUCGCAUACUGGUGACCGACAGGGGAGUCAAUCGAGGGGGCACAGCGAUGCGCAGAGGAGGAGGCAAAAUGGCCAUCAUCGCAGAGAUGGUUCGGGGAGGGGAAGUGCAGAGCCUAGCAGGGGUGAAAGCGGCGCCUCAGCGGGCGAAGCUGCGAAGGAAGCGACUAGCGAGGCUGCCAACCGAACUUCCAACCAAACGCCCAACCAAACGCCCAACCAAACCGCUAAUGAAGCUGCCAACGAAGCGGCUGGGGAAACCCUCCGCGCGAGGGAGAGACGGGGCCGCGGGCCCAGCGAGGGGCCAGACAACUCCACGUGCGCCGACCUCGACGAAGAAACCAAGUUCAUGGAAAACUGGGAAGAAACGCAGAAAAGGAUCUACGAUCCAACCAUAGGGUUGAGGAGGCACUACACAAACGAGCUACUCUCAUGUGGGGAAAAAAACAACAUACGCGUAUUGGAGAAGUGGUCAUCCAUGAUUAACAGAGACAUCAACUGGUUCAUGAAGACACACAGAACGACCUUCCUAAGAAGAGUCAAAAGAGGGAUCCCACAAAAAUAUAGGUGGAAAGUAUGGUUCCAAAUAACAAACAGUAAAAUUCUGUUGAACAAAUUUCAAAAAAAAUAUUAUUUUUUGUCAAAAAAAAAGUCCAACUAUACUAAUUUGAUAAUGAUAGAUAUAUCGAGGACCUUCCCCGAGUUGCUAAUAUUUGACAAGUACGCCCAGGAGCAGCUGUUUCGCAUUUUAAAUGCAUAUUCAAAUUUCGAGCCAUCGGUAGGGUACUGCCAAGGGAUGAAUUUCCUCGUGGGACUCCUACUCAUAGUCAGCAAUUUCAACGAAAUAGAAACAUUUUGUGUUUUAGUUAGCCUCAUGAAUAAUUACCACUUGAAAGAAUUUUACAAAGAAAAGUUCCCUCUCCUUAAUAGGUACAUAUACCUGUUUGAGAAAAUAUUACAAUGUGAAGUGCCCGACCUGGUUGACCAUUUUAACCGGGAGGAGGUAUUCCCCCCUGUGUAUCUACACCAGUGGUUACUAACCCUAUUCAUUGCUAGUCUCCCCAUCAAAAGUGUUAUAGUCAUAUGGGAUUACCUGUUCAGCACGAGCAUAAAAACCAUCCUCAUCAUUUCCGUUGCCCUGUUGAAAAUAUUAAAAAGCUAUUUAAUGAAACAUAAAUUUGAAAAAAUUUUGAAAUUAUUAAAAUCGUUAAAGUAUAACGAAAGCAACGAUGAUAUUCUCAUUGCAAAAUUGUUAAUUAAAAAAUCAGAGUCGGUCAAUUUGAACCCAGAACUGAGUUUCCUCUUUGAUAACAUUGAGAGGGAGGAUAUUCCCUUUGAUGGGCAGUUUAAAUUUUUCAUUGGAGAUAUUAACAAUUGCCAUUUUACCCACGUGGAGGAGCAGGCGGCCACCAAUGGUAAGGCAGUGACUGACGGUACAAAUAAGGAUCAAACGAGAACUUCCAAUUGGGAGCGGCCUUGCCCAGCCACCUCCACCCCUGGGAGCUUCACCCCGGGGAGCUUUUCCCCUGGAAGCUUUUCCCCUGGAAGUUUUUCCCCCGUCAGCUUCACCCCAUCCACCUUUAGCCCCUCCAACUUUGUCGCCCUGGACGGAGUUCCCCUGCUGAACUUCUUCUCCAACCGGGUGCUCAAAAGGGACUCCAAGGCGGAGCGCCAAGGGGAGGGAAAAUCGCCCCAGGGGAAAGCGGCCAGGGGGAAGAGCCACACCCCCCGGAGGUCUCCAAAACCGCAGCGAGCGCAGGAAGGAGACGCGAAGGAGCUGACCCCGCCAAGCCAAUGCGAUCGGAGAGAAGGAAAAAAAAACCAACACGAUCGUAAAUAUGAUGAGGAGAUCCAAGACGGGGAGGAAGCAGAGCAAACCGCACGAGAUCGCAACAUGAACACGUUUUACUACAAAAUUUUAAGCAGCAAUGAAAAGAAUUUAAAAAAAAAAAAAAACAAUGCAACUGUGAAUAGCCAAAAUAGCAGCAACGAAACGGGAAAUGGCAUCUUCAGCAACUCGACCAGUCAGACCCAUCGGACCCACCACCAUGUGAAGUCGUCCAGCGUGCCCAGGUCACUCCCCAUGGGAGGAAGCAAAUCGAAAGGCAUCACCUUAAACAGUGGCAGUGGGGCGUACUGCGCAUCAGGGAGGGGAAGGCAGCCACUGCGCAGUACCGAUAAGAAGGGCUCAAAGGGGAAAAAGGUGAAUCUCCAAAAGGGGAUGUUGUCGACUCCGCUCGAUUCCUGCCCAAGUAGUUACGAAGAGAAGGGGAGUACUCCACUGAACUGUGAUCGUGGGGAAGGGGCAGCGGGGGAGAAUCACCAGAGGGCACCCCUUUCUGGGCAGAGAGGAAAACGCUCACCCCGCGUAGGUAGUGACGAACCUGGCCAAGGAGCCACCUCCAACGGUGCGCGCAUGGAAAAGGACGUCGCCGAAGACCGCGCAAGGACGAACGCGCGCUACUAUCAAAUGGAUGACAGUUAUGUGAGCGAAGAUGAUCUGUCCAGCUUCAACGUAGCGGGGCAGCAGAUUGUUAAAAAUAGGAAGAAGGGUCGCCAUAGCCAUGGCAGGGGAGAGAAACGCAACGGUGGUCAGGGUGACUAUACAGAGGAACACCACUCCGAUGAAGAGGACGAGCAAGCAGACCAACACUUGUUAUGCAAAAGUGACUCCUUCGUCGAAUUUAACCGAAGGAAGAAAUGCGACCAAGGGGGGAAGAAACAAGACGCGGGAGAAAAAUACAAUUUACUACAACGCAAAUAUGUGACUUAUCCUAAUGGAGAGGAAGAGAGUGGGACGAGAAACAACUCCCGCUGCACCUCCCUGGAGGAAAAUCUACAGACGAAACACGCCCGACUUAGUAAAGAAAGGAAAAGUCUCACAGGCAGCCUAAAAAGACACGCUUAUUACUAUAACCAAAGUGAUGCCAACAAUGAGGGUUACUACUACCCCUAUAGGGAGAACUCUGCCCAGAGGGAUGAAGGCUACUGGCUAAGGGAUGAUGACAACCCAGCAGAAAAUCUCAUCACAGGAAAGGUGAAACAAUUUGAAAAAAAAAUGAAUGAGGAGGAGGAACAAGAAAUUAGCAAUGCGAAGGAGCUACGCAGGAAGAAAGGAGGCCAAAGAGCUGAAGGGAUGCGCAAAAAAAAAAAAAAAAAAAAAAAAAAAGAUUCAAAUGUGGGUCAACAUGGGGAAGAUGGAAAUGAGGAAGACGAAAUUGAAGAAGAGGACGACGAUGAGGAGGAGGAAGAAGAAAGCAUUUUCAGCAUCAGCCAAUAUAUUAACCCCGACGAUAGCGAAAAGAAACAAAACAGUGAGGAAAAAAAUAACGGACUGGGGAUCUUUAAUUUAAUACACUCCUACGCCAAGGACAGUAGCUGGUUUGACGUUUCUUCGAUAAAUAAAUACUACCAGUUUGGCAAAACCAGUGGGGACAUGGAGUUGGAUGACAUCAACGCGGAUAACGAGCGGGAGAACAAGGGGCGUCAUGCACCGGGUGAGAAGCGGCACGAUGGGAAAUAG